AUGAGGCUAUCUCUUGUUCCACUUUCUAUUAUCCUCGGCGUAGCGGUCUCUACCACAUCCGCGAGCUGUCUGGAUCAAAUCUCCGCCAAUACCAUGGGAGUCUUCAGUGGUGUUCCUCUUACAUUUGCGUCGGGAUACCUGAAUGGCUCGGCAUGCGCAUACCACUGCGAUGCCUUGGAGCUUUGCAAUGCGUGGCUUUACAGUGUUGCUGGAGGCGAAUGUCAGCUUUACAAACAAAAGGCCCUGUCCACAUUUAAGUCUCAGAAGUUUAUGUAUGGGAUCUGUGGUGGACACACCCCAAAGAUCGCAUCGUCUUCGGCAGCCCCCGUUCAUUCAGCAUCUUCCUCCAUGGUAUCCAAUGCACCCAUUGCAACCCCAUCUGCUUUAGGUGCUCAUGGUGCGGUACUCAACUAG